CGUUGGUUGAGUACAUAUCUAGCAUUUCAUUCAGCCUUAUACUGUUUGAUAUCCAUUUGACAAAUCAUAACCCAUUAUCACAUUCUGACAUGGAUCUAAUGUGGUAGUGCCAGGAAAAUUCAUCAAUGGAGGAGUUGAUGGGAUCACGGGCAUAUUGCUGCUUUAAGUGCCAGAACCUUGUUGCUUUCCAUGAUGAUAUUGUUUCCAAAGAUUUCCAGGCAAGCAAUGGAAGAGCUUUUUUAUUUUCUCAUGCAAUGAACAUUCUUUUGGGUCCUAAAGAGGAUAGGCAACUUAUCACUGGUCUUCACACAGUGGCUGAUGUAUAUUGUUCUGAUUGUGGAGAGGAACUUGGUUGGAAAUAUAUUAAAGCUUAUGAGGAAACACAGAAGUACAAAGAAGGAAAAUGCGUCUUAGAGAAGUUCAAGAUAGUCAAAGGCAACUGA